AUGAUGAUACUACGAAGACAUUAUGAAAGGAAUACAUACACCGUAGGUUGAAAUCGUAGGUUGUGAUUGAGAUGACGACGUACACCUACCUAGGAAACAGGAACUGUUGACAGUACAACGACAAGGAACUGCAACUCGCUCUAGUACGUCUACACAAAGGAAGAGAUUUAGAAAAAUUCAUUUCCUGACUUUUCUACUAAGUCUAGAACAGGAUGAAGUAAUAAAUUUUGUCCACCAGCAUGAUACACUCCAAAUAGCCAAGUUACUGACUGAAAUAUGGGAGGUAGCUUAACGUCAAGGCUACUCUUCCUCCUCGUCAGUAUCUCGGUUAUUCUGAUCAGUUACUUGCUUAUUUCAGUUUUUCGAAUAUAUAACUUCUAAGAUUUUGAUGGAAAGAAUCUUGAAAGCCUCAUCGUAAUUUACAAGUCUUCGAUGGAAAGAAUCCUGAAAUCCUCAUCGUAAUUUCUAAGUCUUCGAUGGAAAGAACCCUGAAAUCCUCAUUGUGGGCUUCGAUUCCACCCGCCAGAUCGUCUUGCUAGUAAAUGGAGUCAUGUACGCCUUUCCGACGACGGGAAUUCACUCAGCAUUGGGCCUAGGAGGUGAGUCAAAUUCUACGGACAACUCAACUUCUUUGUUGGAAAGGUUGCCUUCAGAAAUAAUGGAGGAUGAUGUUGCGGUUGACGACGCGGAGGCAUUGGAUUUAGAAGAUGACAUUUUUGGAGACGAGAACGACGAGGAAAUAAUAUCAGAUUCAGAAGAUGAUCAUGACGAUGACAGCAGGAGUAUGUUGAUUUCACGAAGGCAAAUGGUUCGGAGACAGAACAACAAGCGGAUUAAACAGCAUCGUUCUCAACUACUGCAUCAGAGAAAAGAAGCGAGAGGGAGGAGGCACCAUCGCGAUCGCCACGAACACACUCAAGAACAUCUUCAAGGUACUACUAGGUCUACAAGAAGUGGUAGUGCGACGGCGAACAAGACGCUCCUGACAAAAGAAGAACAGUUCGCUGCCUUGAUCCAACCGCUAAACGAGGACUUGAGCCUCAUUUUCCCGGAGGAAGUUAGGGGCACCGUCAACCCAUCUCUCACAGCAUCUUUUAGCCAAUUUCUACUUGGAAAGUGCUGAAAGAUGUUGAUGUUCUGAACUAUGGGCGGUUGCCGGUACCUCUAAGGAAGGAAGUUUCAUACGUUUUGCAACAACGAGCAACUUGGUGGCUGCCGUGCAACAAACUGCACAGAGAGCAGGAUUCCAGAUAUGAGAACAGGGAACUACUACUUGACUAAGACUAUGACUACUAAUUAGAAUCAGCAUGAUUGAUAAGUACAGAUGUUGCUUGUAAUUGCUAAUGAUGAAAAUCUAAAUCAUUGUUCUUGCAGUAGAGGAGAAUAAAAGAACAAAAGUCAGUACUUUUCAUAUUAAGGCUUGAGGAAAUACAUCUUCCCAGUCAGCUUUGUCCCGUUUCCAAAGGGAAACGGGUACCGAGAUGCUCUACAGGGUGGAUUUCUGCAAGUUCUAAUCAUAGUUAGCACUUCUGAGAAAAAUGACCCGCCCUCUCCCUCGACCACAACACUUUUUCUAACCGCGAUGUUAGCCCUGGUUGGCGUUCUGGGAGUUCUUUUGGCCAUUUUACUUCCUCGCGAUGAGUUACGAAAGCAUGCAGGCCAACUGGAGCUCAAGUUGCAGAAAAGCAUUAAAUAUGGCGAUAUUUUUUUGCUACACUAGAUUGAAAUUCUUCACAUUCAUUCUGACUCUACUUAAGGUAGUAAUCAGAACGACUAAGACAAUCAAAGUCAAUUUCUAUCCCCAUGUUUUUUCGUAAAAUGGUUACACAUCGACAUGAUCUCCAACUACUAUACUAUAGUCGUGAGUCUUCCUCUUCCCUAAAAGAACCUAAACCCUAAACCCUAAACCCAACCCCUCUUUUCUACUUCAUAUCUUGGAAAUGGAGCAUGGAGGCCAAGUGUACUCCUUCAUGGACACGGAGUCGCCACAGAACAACCCACUGGUCUAUACUUAUCACCAGAUCAUCCUGGAAACAUUAGUGGAGCAUGCCUCAGAAGUGAAGGCCACGUUGGAUUUAUGAAGAACAUCACGGAUAUGUAACGUGCUCAACAAGACAAGAUCAGGGGUUUUUGGCACAAUUUUCUCUAAAUACAUUUAUGUUACAUAAUAUGGACGACACGGUCAAACAAACUGGCAUCAAACUUGGAUUACCAACUACAAGCACCUGAGAUCGGAUAAUCCAAAAGAGUAGUUCUUUGUAGUUACCAAUUUAUUACAGCAGUCUCAAAGUCAAAAUACUAUUUGUUACAUUGAGGAGAUCCUAAUGAUUUAAGCUCGAGAAAAUCCUAAAAAUUAACUUAGUACUAACUAACGCGCACGCCUACAAUCUCUCUCUUUCCAUCAUUCUCCACACUACUUACAUUGCAAACCAGCUGUACCCAACCCCACGACCACCACCCUUUUCAUAUCUGCAUAAAGACAAAAUCGAAAGAAUUCAGAAGUCGAAAGCGAAGUAG